CGCCACCGCCACCGCCGGCGUCGUAACAGCCGCCUCUUCUUCCAAUGAACAUAAGCCUGCAACGCCGGCGGCACCGAACAUUGUCAUGACCUCCAGGGAUCACGAUUCUCUCUUCAGCGGUGGCGGCAUGAGCUUCCUCUCUGGAAGUCGAAAUGGAAGGUUCAGCUAUGGAUAUUCCAGUUUCAAGGGUAAGAGGUCAUCAAUGGAGGAUUUCUUUGAGACCAGAAUAUCAGAGGUUGAUGGCCAGACGGUUGCCUUUUUUGGUGUUUUUGAUGGCCAUGGAGGUUCUCGAACUGCAGAAUAUCUGAAAAAUAAUCUAUUUAAGAAUUUGAGUAGCCACCCUGACUUUAUCAAAGACACAAAGACUGCUAUAGUUGAAGCAUUUAAACAGACAGAUGUUGACUACCUUAAUGAAGAAAAGGGGCAUCAAAGAGAUGCUGGGUCAACUGCAUCAACAGCUAUGUUGUUGGGAGAUCGAAUUGUUGUUGCAAAUGUUGGUGAUUCCAGAGUAGUUGCAUGUAGAGCUGGUUCAGCUGUUCCUUUGUCGAUCGAUCACAAGCCUGAUAGAUCCGAUGAACGGCGAAGGAUUGAACAGGCUGGGGGAUUCAUAAUUUGGGCUGGAACAUGGAGGGUUGGUGGUGUUCUUGCUGUUUCCCGUGCAUUUGGAGACAAACUUCUUAAACCGUACGUUGUUGCUGACCCAGAAAUUCAGGAGGAAGAAAUUGACGGUGUUGAUUUUAUUAUAAUUGCUAGUGAUGGCCUUUGGAAUGUCAUAUCAAACAAGGAAGCCGUGUCUUUAGUACAAAAUAUCACAGAUGCAGAAGUGGCAUCCAGAGAACUUAUAAAAGAAGCUUAUGCACGAGGAAGCUCAGACAACAUCACUUGUGUAGUUGUUCGAUUUGAUCUAUCUUGAUGUGGCUAUGUGCUUUAGUCUUAAACUCCUCAACUGGCCAACCAGCCACCCAAAUUGAAGCUUGGUACUGUUGAAGUCUUCAAUCUCAAACGUAGGUAUUUAUCUCAGUUGCCGGUUGCUUGUAAGUCUGAUAACAUAUCUUGUGAGAAUAUGUUAACUAUAUAAUACUCGUGGUCUUUGAUGGAAAUUCUGCUUGCCUCCUAUUUCUUAUAUGAAGAUCCUUUCGCUAUGUACAAUUUUAGGAUUUUAUUUUUGUUUUUUUAAAAAAACAGUUUUAGGAGUAUUGGAUUUUAGUGAACUUAUUAAAAGCAUAAAUGUUGAAUUCAAGUGUUUGAUAGCU